GAUUGUAUUAUCCGGUCCAGUUGGUGGCGAUAAUGUAACAUUAUAUUAGAUGCCAACCGCCGUUAAGCACCGAAUAAUAAGAAGAAGUCAGUGGACGAGGGACCAGGAAACCACAGCAAGCUAGCCAGUCAGCUAAGACCAACACCCUGAUAUCAAACAUGCUUGCUGAUAGUCAAUUCGUAAAUCUACGAAAUAGAUUUAAGAAAGACGCUGAACUUCUCAUGCAAGGGGUUUCAGCAGGUGACAGCAACGAAAAGAGUCAAGAAGAGAAAGAUGCCAAACCACUUCCUCGGAUCAACCGCCAUUCCGUCUUCUGGAUUGUGGCUUCUGUCGGAUUGACUUACUAUUUUGACUUCCUCCGCGUCAUCACGGAGAAUGGCGAUAUUAGAAGCUGGUGGUUCAAUGUUGGUGUGAUACUGCUGGGAAUAUGCCUAGCUUUGGCCAUGUUUUGCAUCGUAUACCUGGAGUGGUUUAAGGGAAUACAGCACUAUGAUCAUGAGUACCCUGCUAUUCCCCCUAUCACCACAGCAGCCUUCCUCGCAGCGUCAUGCAGUUUUAAUAUAGCACUGUGGCCUGUGUGGUCGUUCCUCACCCCUGUCCUCCUGUUUACCCAGUUCAUGGGAGUUGUUAUGCUCAUAUCAAUGCUUGGGUAAGAUGUUAAGACCACAUAGAACCACGCCAGCCCAGGACCUCCACAUCCAGCUUCUUCACCUGCGGGAUUGUCUGAGACCAGCCACCUAGACAACUGAUGAAACUGUGGAGUAUUUAUUUUUGUAAUAAAGCCCUUGUGUGGGGAAAACUCACUCUGAUUUGGUGGGACCUGGUUCCUCAAGUGUGUGGGCCGAUGCCCUCCCAGGCCCACCCGUGGCUGCACCCCUGCCCAGUCAUGAAAUCCAUCGAUUAGGGACAAAUUUAUUUCAAUUGAAUGAUUUCCUUAUAUGAACUGUAACUCAGUAAAAUCGUUGAAAUUGUACCAUGUUGCGUUCAUAUGCUUGUUCAGAGAGCUUAAGUACCAAUAAUAACUAAGUACCUACUUCGGAAUGCAAUUAUUGUUUAUUUUACAGUACUAAAGCCUCGACAUAAAGUGAAUGACUACAGUUUGACUUAAAAAAAAAAAAAAUACAUGCAUAUAUAUUUAAUAAAUUAAAGCAUUUUAAGUGCUUUAAUAGUUUUUGUAUAAAUGUUUAGUUUUCUUUGUGAUUCAGAAAGCUUUUGUGCUAUUAAGUGUAAAUGUGUCUGCUUAAAUUCUGUAAAAUAUUUUGACAACUUUUUGUUAUAUGUGCAUUGUUGCUAAUGUCAACCUUGUUGGCAAAAAGACUAACCUUCAAAGUCA